AUGGCCGUUGACGCUUCAGAUAGCGUCUGUCCCACGCUCCGCGAUGAACCCCUCACCGAUGAACCCCUCACCGAUGAAAAACCCCCAGACGAUGCUGCUUCAACCCCAAGCCAAGGCGAUGAAGAGAACCAAGCUUGCACAACAGAUGAUCCCGGUGAACCUCCAGAUGGUGGAUUGCAAGCCUGGCUCCAAGUCGUAACAGGCCAUCUCGUCGCUUUCAACUCGUGGGGAUAUCUCAUUAGCUUCGGUAUAUUCCAACCCUACUACGAAUCCCAAUUCUCCCUCCCGCCCUCAACAAUCUCAUGGAUCGGAAGCUUAGAAGUCUGUCUCAUUUUCUUCAUCGGUACAUUCUCCGGUCGAGCUUUCGACGCAGGGUAUUACCGCACUGCCCUAGCAGUAGGCCUGUUCCUCCAAAUAUUAGCCAUCUUCAUGACGAGUAUCGCAUCAUCAUACUGGCAAGUCCUUCUCGCGCAAGGAAUCUGCCAAGGUUUGGGGAACGGCAUAAUUUUCGCACCGACUAUAGCGAAUAUGUCGACGUAUUUUACUAGCAAGAAGACUAUUGCUAUAUCAGCUGGUGCGUGUGGUGCUGGCACGGGAGGGAUUGUGUUUCCGUUGAUUGCGCAGCAACUUCUUCCCAAGAUUGGGUUCCGAUGGACGGUGAGGGUUAUGGGAUUGGUAGUUGCUGUGUCGUCGAUGAUUAUCAUGAUCAUUGCGAAGACGCGACUCAAGGCGAGAAAGGCUGGGCCGCUUGUUGAAUGGGCUGCGUUCAAGGAGCCAGCAUAUGUCCUCUUUGCGGCGGCUAUGUUUUUCACCUUGUGGCCGACUUGGAUCUCCUACAACUAUGCUCGUCAAUACACAACCGACAAACUCUCCGGCUCAGCCUCAGACUCAUUCCUCAUCCUCAUCGUAAUCAACGCCGUCGGUAUCCCAGGCCGCAUGAUAUCCGCCUUUCUCGCCGACCGUCUCUUCGGCGCCAUCCCCGUUUUCAUCCCUACAAUCUUCUCCGCCUCACUCUGUCUCUACCUCUGGUCGCAGGUCUCCUCUCUAACCGGAAUGUUUAUCUGGGUCAGCAUAUUUGGCUACUUCGGCGCAGCGAUACAGAGUCUCUUCCCGUCAUGCUGUGCAAGUCUAACACCUGAUUUAAGUAAAGCUGGAACAAGAAUUGGAAUGAUAUUCUCGAUUAUUAGUUUUGCCGCGUUGACGGGGUCGCCUUUGGCUGGGAAGUUGAUGCAAGCUACGGGCGGGAGUUAUUUGGCGGCGCAGAUUUGGGGAGGGUCAAUGCUCCCGCUAACCAUCACAGAUGCCUCACCACUCCUCGCACCCGCCCUCCUUCAACGCGCCCAAUCCCUCACAACCGAACACGACGACCUGCAAAAAACCCUCAACAACUCCUUCGAUUCCACCAUAGCCAAGCGCGUCGGCGAAUUAUCCCGUGUAGCUGGAGCGCUGAAAGCAUGGCAGAUCUCUCAAGCCUCCGUCGCCGAAUUAACUUCCAUGAUCGACGACCCCGAUCAAGAUGCCGAUCUCGCUGCCAUCGCCCGCGAUGAACUCAGCUCCGAAACAGGAAAACUCGAAUCCCUCGCCCGCAGACUCUCCGCCAGUUUAACGCCCCGCCAUCCUUUCGCAGAUUUUCCAUGCAUGCUGGAAUUCCGUCCUGGGCCUGGUGGUCUUGAAGGACGGUACUUUAUGGAUACUUUAUUCAAGAUGUACAAAGCGCUGUGUAUGCGACGCGGUUAUCGCCAUACAGUAGUAAAAUACGAAUUCGCCGAUACCGCAGGUGAUUCCUCCUCAUCGGCCGGCGAAAACCCCCUCCAAGAAGCCAUUCUCGAAGUCCACGACCAAGGCGCCUUCGACAUCUUCCGCAGCGAAGCAGGCAUGCAUCGCGUCCAACGCAUUCCCAGCACCGAGACCAAAGGCCGCGUACACACCAGCGCCGUAGCAGUCUGGGUUCUUCCCUCGUUCCCCGAGAACGGCGCAAGCAACAUCGACUUUGACGAUCCAGAGAGUGACUUCUACGUUAAUCCCCAAGAAGUCAAGAUCGAAACGAUGCGAGCUAGAGGUGCAGGAGGACAACACGUUAAUAAGACGGAGUCUGCUAUUCGAAUGACGCAUUUGCCGACUGGUACGACUGUAUCGAUGCAGGAUCAUCGUUCGCAGCAGCGAAAUCGUGAAGAAGCAUGGAAAUUGCUUCGUUCGCGAAUUGCUGAUCAGCGACGAGAAGCUCGUGAAGAAGAAGCUUCAAAGCUGAGAAACAGCGUACUCUCCAAGACGCAGAUCACACGAGGUGAUAAGAUCCGCACAUACAACUAUAACCAAGACCGAUGUACCGACCAUCGCGCAGGCGUUGACGUGCACGACUUACCAAAUGUGCUUGAAGGUGGUGAAAAGCUAGAUCGAAUCAUGGAUGGCGCAAAAGAUUGGCUUGUCAACAAGGACAUUGAACUUCUCAUGGCUGAAGAAGAAGCCAAAGAGAAGCUCAACAGCAAGAAAUAG